CCUCGGUGUGCGCAAGUGGUCGGACCUCCUCAUGUCGGCCAAGGCAAUCCGCGAAUACGAUGGUAAGCGCUUGCUUGGCAAGUGGCUGAGCGACUACUCGAGCGGCAAGCACACGCUUGAAAGCCGUUUUGUUCAAAUUACUCCUGAAAUCUUUGACGCCAACUUCCCUACCGUCACGUUUGACUCGAUUGCGCGUGAAAACCCGUGGUUGCUCCAAACCAAGCUCGUCGUCAAGCCAGAUCAACUGAUCAAGCGCCGCGGCAAGGCCAACUUGCUCCUUCUUAACGCGACAUGGGAAGAUGUCAAGCACUGGAUCACAGAACGCAUGAGCCGAGAAAUUCAAGUCGAAGUCGUCAGUGGCAUCCUGGACCAUUUCAUUGUUGAACCAUUUGUGCCCCAUGCCUCCACAGAUGAAUACUACUUGUGCAUCCAAUCCAACCGCGAGGGUGAACAAAUUCUCUUCCACCAUGAAGGUGGUGUCGAUGUCGGUGAUGUGGAUGCGAAGGCCCUUCGCUUCCAAGUCAACUUGGAAACCACUGCCACCGAAGCAGACAUUACUGCUGCUUUGUUGAAGAACGUGUCGAAGGAGCGUCAAACCAUCAUCGCGUCGUUCAUUGCUUCGCUCUUGGCUUUGUACCGCGACUUGAACUUUGUCUACAUGGAAAUCAACCCCAUUGUUGUGGUCGGCGACAAGAUCAUUCCGUUGGAUAUGGCUGCCAAGUUGGACGAAACAGCCAACUUUUUGUGCGGCAGCAAGUGGGGUGAAAUCGAAUUCCCUGCUCCUUUCGGUCGUGCAAAGUUCCCUGAAGAAGCCUACGUCGCGGAAUUGGACAGCAAGACCGGUGCUUCCCUCAAGCUCACCAUCUUGAACCAUCGCGGUCGCAUCUGGACCAUGGUUGCUGGUGGUGGAGCGUCGGUUGUAUAUGCCGAUACCAUCUCCGAUUUGGGAUUUGGUCAUGAGUUGGCCAACUACGGUGAAUAUUCUGGUGCUCCGUCCGAAGCCCACACCUACCAAUACGCCCGAACGAUCCUUGACUUGCUGACACGCGAACACGACCCGCGCGGCAAAGUCUUGAUUAUUGGCGGCGGUAUUGCCAACUUUACCGAUGUCGCUUUGACCUUUAAGGGUAUCAUCAGUGCCAUCACUGACUUCCAAGACAAAUUGAAGGAACGUAACGUGACGAUUUGGGUUCGCCGUGGUGGUCCCAACUACCAGGAAGGUUUGCGCCUUGUGCGUGAAGUCGGUGUGUCCACUGGUGUGCCCAUCCAUGUGUUCGGUCCGGAAACCCACAUUACGGCUAUUGUGCCCAUGGCUUUGGGCCUCGUGCAAGCGCCUGAAACCCUCGGUGCCAGCUCCGUUUCGACCCCUCCUUCGGCGAAGACCCCGGUACAACCUUCGCCAAAUGGUUCUCCUCGUUCGGCGGCCAAGCAAUCCGUCGCUAACGAACAAGCCGCCACCUCCACCGAAGACUCCCGUGCCACUGUGUCGUCGACCACGGGUGUCAAGGUAAUCCAAGACGAAGGCAUUGUUCGCAUGGAAUCCAACACCCGAUGCAUCGUUUACGGCAUGCAACAACGCGCUGUGCAAGGCAUGUUGGAUUUCGACUACUUGUGCAAGCGUGAGACUCCGUCUGUUGCUGCGAUGAUUUUCCCCUUCAGCCAGAACCACUACUUGAAGUUCUACUGGGGCACGACCGAACGCUUGAUCCCUGUGUUCCAAUCUCUCGAGGAAGCCGCCAAGAAGUUCCCCGACGUCAGUGUUUUGGUCAACUUUUCGUCGUUCCGAUCCGUAUUCUCGUCCACCAUGGAAGGGUUGGCGUGCAGCGACACAAUCAAGACCCACGCGAUCAUCGCCGAAGGCGUGCCUGAGUCGCAAACUCGCUUGAUCAUCAAGCGCGCCAAGGAAUUGAACGUUGGCUUGAUUGGGCCUGCUACCGUCGGUGGCAUCAAGCCCGGCUGUCUUCGCAUCGGUAACACGGGUGGUAUGCUCGACAACAUUGUCCAGUCCAAGCUGUACCGUCCUGGUUCCGUCGCGUAUGUGUCCAAGUCGGGCGGGAUGUCGAACGAACUCAACAACAUCAUCAGCCAAACGUCGGACGGUGUGUUUGAAGGUGUGGCCAUUGGUGGUGACAAGUACCCUGGCUCGACCUUUAUCCAACACUUGUUGCGCUACCAGCAAAACCCUCAAGUGAAGAUGAUGGUGUUGCUUGGUGAAGUCGGUGGCACGGACGAAUUUGAAGUUUGCCGUGCGAUCCAAAGCGGUGUGAUCACGAAGCCCGUCGUCGCGUGGUGCAUUGGUACGUGCGCCAAGAUCUUUCCGUUCGAAGUUCAAUUCGGCCACGCUGGCGCGUGCGCCACCGGCGAAUCGGAAACCGCUGAAGCCAAGAAUGCUGCGUUGGCCCACGCUGGCGCCAUCGUCCCCAAGAACUUUGACCAGUUUGGCCUUGCCAUCCGCGAAACGUACGAAAAGCUCGUGGCGUCUGGUGUGUUGGUCCCGCGCCCGGAAGUGCCUGUGCCGGCCGUCCCCAUGGAUUACUCCUGGGCCAAGAACUUGGGGUUGAUCCGUAAGCCCGCCAACUUUAUCUCGUCCAUCACGGACGAUCGCGGUGAAGAAUUGACGUACGCUGGUAUGCCCAUCUCGGAAGUGUUUGAACAAAAUUUGGGUGUCGGUGGUGUGCUCGGCUUGCUCUGGUUCAAGAGAAAGCUGCCUGCGUACGCGACCAAGUUCAUUGAGUUUGUACUCAUGGUGACGGCCGAUCACGGUCCCGCCGUGUCUGGUGCUCACAACGCAAUUGUGACCGCCCGUGCCGGCAAGGACCUCAUCUCGUCGCUCGUGUCGGGUUUGAUGACGAUUGGGCCCCGCUUCGGUGGUGCGUUGGAUCAAGCCGCUGACAUGUUCACCAAGGCCCACGACUCGGGUCUGUCGCCGUUGGACUUCGUCAACAAGAUGAAGGCGACCAACCAGCUCAUCAUGGGUAUCGGCCAUCGCAUCAAGAGCACGACGAACCCUGACAAGCGUGUCACGAUUAUCAAGGAGUUUGCGUUGAAGCACUUUCCCGGCAACAGCAUCCUCAACUACGCGUUGGAAGUCGAAAAGAUCACGACCAAGAAGCGGUCGACCUUGAUUCUGAACGUCGAUGGGUGCAUUGCCGUGUGCUUUGUCGACUUGUUGCGCAACUGCGGUGCGUUCACGCAAGAAGAAGCCGACGAACAAAUCGCCGACGGGUGCUUGACAGUCGACGACAGCAUCGGGGGAGCUUAAGCUGGCAUUUGCUGAAAAAAUGGCCGAUUUUGGUCUAGAAUACACCAAAAUAUUCAUAACAAAAAGUUGACAUUGAACUCUGGCAUUCAAAUACCUCAAAAGAACAUAUCCUGUCGAAUAUGUAGCUAUAAAGUAAACUUUUGAUCCAAAUUUACCCUCAAG